GCUCCUCGCCCUAUUUAACCUCGCCCUCUCCGGCCUUGUUUCUCUCCAUCAGACAUCUCUGCAUUCAAUCGUUAACAAUGGCUCCCAAGGUUGCUAUCAUCAUCUACUCCAUGUACGGCCACAUCGCCACGAUGGCCGAGGCCGAGAAGGCCGGCAUCGUCGCCGCCGGCGGUGAGGCCACCAUCUACCAGGUCCCCGAGACCCUCUCCGAGGAGAUCCUCGGCAAGAUGUACGCUCCCGCCAAGCCCGACUACCCCAUCGCCUCCCCCGAGACCCUCGAGGAGUACGACGCCUUCAUCUUCGGUGUCCCCACCCGUUUCGGAAGCUUCCCCGCCCAGUGGAAGGCCUUCUGGGACGCUACCGGCGGCCUCUGGGCCAAGGGUGCUCUCAGCGGAAAGUACGUCACCCAGUUCACCUCCACUGCCUCCCUCGGUGGUGGCCAGGAGACCACCUUCCUCAACGCCAUGUCCACCUACUUCCACCACGGAAUGGUCUACGUCCCCUUGGGCUACGCUACCGUCUUUGCUGAGCUCACCAACCUCUCCGAGGUCCACGGUGGCUCCGCCUGGGGUGCCGGUUCCCUCGCCGCUGGCGAUGGCUCCCGCCAGCCCUCCGAGCUUGAGAAGUCCGUCGCUACCAAGCAGGGCGAGGCUUUCUACAAGACCGUCGCCAAGGCGUUUUGACUACAUGGCAGUAAGGAUGCCGGUGAGAGUGCUGUAGAGGGUGUUGCCGCCGCCGAGGCCUCAGCUCCCGCUACCGAAACUCCUGCCGCCACGUCUGAGCCUGCCUCGACUACCCCUGCCGCAAAGACCGCCGCCCCUGCUGCCGCCCCUGCUGCUACCACCGCCGCUCGCGACGAGGAUAGCGGUCUGUGCGGAAUCAAGAGCUGCGUCGUUGCUUAAAGGGUGUUUGUCUAGGUUUGGUUUUUGUUAGUCUUGAUUGCGCGCGUUUUUUGGCUUUGGUUGGCACUAUUAUUACUUUGCAUUAGAUCUAAGAUCAGAUCUGAUAGAUAAAAGCUUUAUUUUAUCAUAAUUUCUAAUCUUUUCAAAUAAGAAUGAGGACUGUACGUUAGAGUCGACAAUAUAUUCUGAAUUUCUGUA